CAGGCGGUGUCCCGGACCCGGAAGUGGAGUUGCAGAGUCACGGCAGUGGCUGAGCUGCUGACAGGAGGCGGCGGCGGAGGUGGAGGCGAGGCAAGACCUGCGGCUCUGCAGGGCCACGGUCGCUGUAGCGCUAGGCAAGCUGACGGAGCCACGCCGGCCUCAGCCCACCUGCAAACCUCCCACCUCGUGCCCACCCUCCAUCUGCCCGACUGGUCCGGGGCGGCCUAGUCUGCACCACCGACCCGGCUCCUGGGGCCGCCGCCCCGCGCGGUCCCGUCGGCGUCCCUGGCCGCGCCCGACCCCCGGCCCCCUAGCCCACCGGCACCAUGAUGGAGGAGAUCGACCGGUUCCAGGUGCCCACCGCGCACUCGGAGAUGCAGCCGCUGGACCCAGCCGCCGCCUCCAUCUCAGACGGAGACUGUGACGCCCGGGAGGGUGAGUCAGUAGCCAUGAAUUACAAACCAUCCCCGCUCCAAGUGAAGCUGGCUUCCUUCCCGUGUUCCCCUGCAGAGAAGCAGCGGGAGCUGGCCCGGAAGGGCUCCCUGAAGAACGGCAGCAUGGGGAGCCCCGUCAACCAGCAACCCAAGAAGAACAAUGUCAUGGCCCGGACAAGGCUGGUCGUCCCCAAUAAAGGCUACUCCUCGCUUGACCAGAGCCCAGACGAGAAGCCACUGGUAGCCCUUGACACGGACAGUGAUGAUGACUUUGACAUGUCCAGAUAUUCCUCCUCUGGCUACUCCUCUGCUGAGCAGAUCAACCAAGAUUUGAACAUCCAGCUGCUGAAGGACGGCUACCGGUUAGACGAGAUCCCCGACGAUGAGGACCUGGACCUCAUCCCCCCCAAGUCUGUGAACCCCACCUGCAUGUGCUGCCAGGCCACGUCCUCCACCGCCUGCCACAUUCAGUAGCUGGCGGGGCCGCUGCGGCCGGCCGGGGUGGGGCCGCCAGGGGCCAGGUUGGACCAGGCAGGGGCCAACCCCUCCCCAGCUCGUCCACCUGCCCCUGGCCCCCGCGCACCCUACAGCCGCCAACCUCGUAACAGUCAUUGCUUCCUCCUAUGGUAGGACGUGUACCUCUGUGUGUUCAUGGAGCCGGAGAAACCAAAACCGGGUCUCUCUCCACCCCCGGGAGUGCUGAGGAGGGGAGGGGGCGGUUUGUUCAGUUACUUGGGGGACCUCGCCCAGCAUCCUGCCCCCUCCCCAAAGCUGCAGCCCAGUAGAGGAAGGGGGUGACUGGACUGCAGGGAGGCCAACAGUAAUGAGUGGGGGAGGGAUCACAAAGCCAGGGGUUUGGACCCACCCACGUGAAGCCAUGAAUCCCCCAGCACCAGCCAAGGAAAGGGGCUGGGAAGGAGAAAGGCCCAGGGCAGUAGGGGCAGGGCGCAGCCCCUUAGAGCCGCCUCCACAUGCCCCCCUGCUGGCCCACGUACCAUCUGCGUUUCUACCCUCAUCUCUAGAUGGGAAGCCUGAUAAAGCUGCCCAGUGGGAUAUUGUCCCCCACCCUUGGGGAUCACUGCCUUCUUUCUCCUCUUUGCCUCAUUCACCCCCUUCCUUGCUCUCCGGAUUGUGUGGAGGGUGAGGUGGGCGUUACAGACAGCCAGAGUUUAGGGUGGUAUGAUCUGCCCUCACCUGCCCCUAACUAAUGCAUCUGUCUCUCUGUGCCCUGCCUCAUCCCCC